AUGCAACCUGAAUUCCUGCCGAUCACGAUUCACGCUAAGCCGCAUAAUGCAUUUCGGGAUGUGAUGAGCUGGCUUCGUGGGGGCUAUGCGGGUUGCCCCGCACCAAGCCGUCGGUUCUUAGCUACUGCCGAAACACUGUCAUCGCCAAUGGAACCAGUGAGCUUUGCGGUCGGCAUCAUAGGACUUGCUGGUUUGUUCAGUACUUGUCUGGAUGUUCUGGAAAAAGUCGACUCCUGGAAAGAUUUUGGAAGCGAUUCACGGAGUCUAUCCGCCCAGUUGAAAGCCCACAGGUUACGCCUUGAAAGAUGGGACAAAGCAGUUGGACUCGAGAAUCUUUAA